UGUUGUCAGGCGCGCAGCCGGCCGGCGCUGGGGGUCGGUCGCCCUGGCGGUUGCUGUGGAGACGGCUGGAGCCAAGUGGGCUGGCCCUGCCCGCAGCUGCUGCCUGUGCCAGAGGCUCCAACCAUGAUUCGAAUCGCAGCCUUGAAUGCCAGCUCCACCGUCGAAGAUGAUCAUGAAGGAAGCUUUAAAAGUCACAAGACCCAGACGAAGGAGGCACAGGAAGCAGAGGCUUUUGCCUUGUACCACAAGGCCCUGGACCUGCAGAAGCACGACCGAUUUGAGGAGUCCGCCAAGGCCUACCACGAGCUGCUGGAGGCACGCCUGCUGCGGGAGGCGGUCCCGUCUGGUGAUGAGAAGGAGGGGCUGAAGCACCCUGGGCUGAUGCUGAAGUACUCCACAUACAAGAACCUGGCGCAGCUGGCCGCCCAGCGGGAGGACCUGGAGACGGCCAUGGAGUUCUACCUGGAGGCGGUCAUGCUGGACUCCACGGACGUCAACCUCUGGUAUAAGAUCGGACACGUGGCCCUGAGGCUCAUCCGGGUGCCCCUGGCUCGCCACGCGUUUGAGGAAGGGCUGCGGUGCAACCCUGACCACUGGCCCUGCCUGGACAACCUCAUCACUGUCCUGUACACCCUCAGCGACUACACCACAUGCCUGUACUUCAUCUGCAAGGCCUUGGAAAAGGACUGCCGCUACAGCAAGGGGCUGGUGCUCAAGGAGCAGAUCUUCCAGGAGCAGCCGCGCCUGCGCCAGGACUCCCUCCGCAUGUUCCUCCAGUGUGACAUGUCCAUCCACGAGGUGUCAGUGAGCGCAGCCGAGUCGCAGGCCAUCGUGGAUGAGGCCCUGGGGCUGCGCAGGAGGCGGCAGGCGCUGACGGUGCGUGAGAAGGAGCCGGACCUAAAGCUGGUGCAGCCCAUCCCCGUCCUCACCUGGAAGUGCCUCGGUGAGAGCCUGCUGGCCACAUACCACCACCUCACCACGUGCGAGCCCCCGCGGCCCAGUCUGGGCAAGAGGAUCGACCUGUCUGACUAUCAGGACCCCAGACAGCGUCCCGCGUCCCCCGAGGAGGCAGUGCCUGUCAGUGUGCUCCAGCCAAGCCCUGCCAGCGCCAGCCCUGCAGCCUCCGUGCCAGAGCCCGUGCUGGCAUUCACCCCCGUGGCCACGGCCAGCUUCCCGCUGCACAGCCCCAGCCUGCUGGAGACGGGCGUCCCCACCGGUGAUGUCUCCGGGGGAGAUAAAUCCAAGAAAGGGGUCAAACGGAAGAAGAUUUCCGAGGAGAGCGGGGAGACGGCCAAGCGGCGGUCUGCCCGCGUCCGAAACACCAAGUGCAAGAAGGAAGAGAAGGUGGACUUCCAGGAGCUGCUGCUGAAAUUCCUGCCGUCCAGGUUGAGAAAGCUGGACCCUGAGGAGGAAGACGACCCCUUUAACAGCUAUGAAGUCCCGCCAGAGGCCAAGCCGGAGAGCUUCCCCAGCGCGGGGGCCCACAGGCUGUCCUCCGACUCGGCCACGUUCAUGGAGUCUGAGAAGCAGGACGUGCACGCCUUUCUGCUGGGGAACCUGAGCAACGGGGGCGUCCUGGAGCUGAUGGUGUGCUUCCUGAAGAGCAUGGGCCUCAGGUUCCUGCUGCGCUGGCCGCCGGGCCUGGCGGAGGUCGUGCUCAGCACCUACCACAGCUGGCGGAGGCACAGCGCCAGCCUGCCCAACCCGCUGCUCAGGGACUGCAGCAACCGGCACAUCCAGGAGAUGAUGCUGAUGUCUCUUUCCUGCAUGGAGCUGCAGCUGGACCAGUGGCUGCUGACCAAGGGCCGGAGCUCUGCAGUGUCUCCUCGGAACUGCCCCGCAGGCGUGCUGAAUGGCAGGUUCGGCCCCGACUUCCCAGGGGCCCACUUCCUGGGGGACCUCCUGCAACUGUCGUUUGCCUCAUCCCAGCGGGACCUGUUUGAGGAUGGCUGGUUGGAGUUUGUGGUCCGCGUGUACUGGUUGAAGGCUCGAUUCCUGGCGCUGCAG